AUGGCAUCGCUUUCCCUUCUGUGGGGCUGGGUGCUCAUGGCUGCCCUGAGCACAGGUGCCAAUGCGAGCUUUGUGGAACAAAGGCCCAGGUGGGCCCUGGUACGUCGGGGACAGGCUGAAACCCUGAGCUGCUUCCUGAAGGAUGCCCAGUACCCCUAUAUGAGCUGGUACCAACAGGAUCUCCAGGGGCAACUCCAGGUGCUGACGGCCAGUCUGCGGUUUUCUGGAGACAAGGAGGUCAAAUCCCUUCCUGGAGCAGAUUACCAGGCCACUCGGGUCGAUGACAAGGAGCUGAAGCUGCAGGUGGCCAAUGUGACCCAGGGCAGAACCCUGUACUGCACCUGCAGCAAAGACACAGUGAGAAGCCUUCCUUGGACAGAUGAAUAA